AUGUUCUCAUUGGCCCUGAACUUUCUCUUUCAUUACCAUCUUUUUCUUCAUUGUUUUUUUAUUUAUUUUGUAUAUAUUUUCCAAUUUCUUUUUUGCUUUCAUAUUCUCUCUUUCUUUCUUUUUGUUCUUUCUUUUGUUCUUUCCUUUUUCCUUUAUCUUAUUUCUUCUUCUUCUUUAAUUUUUUCUUCUUCCUUUUUUAUUUCAUGUAUUUUUUCACUCCAAACUGAACCAAAAAUGAUUUCAAUUUCUUCUUCUUCAUCUUCUUCUUUUUCUUCUUCUUCUUCUUCUCCUACUUCUUUGUUCUUUUCGUUGAUUGUAUUUAUUCUUCCUUUUCAUCUACUUAUUAUUAUCAUUCUUAUUAUUAUAUAUUUAUUAUUAUUUUUUUACAAUUCCUUCUCUUAUUCUUUUUUUUUGGGGGGGGGAUUCUUUGUGCCUACUUCUACAGUUUCCUCCUUCAUUUUCUCUUUCCUCCUCCACCUCCUCCACAUCUUCUUAAUAGCUGCUGUAGUUGUUUGUUUGCAAAUGCCACAAGCAUUUCUCCACCUCACAGUCACAACAGACAAUAGCCAUCUUCAGCCUUCCGUCUUUCUUUCUCUCAUAGUCUCCCUCCAUUUGCCAUUCUCUUAUUGUGACUUUCUUAAUCUAUGUUUGCUUGUCUCUGUCUCUUUCUGCAUCUCUGUCUCUCUCUCUCUCUCUGUCUUAGUCUGUCUGUUUGCUUCAGUGUCUGUUUUAAUCUAUCACUCUUACUUUCUAUCUUACUUUCUCUCUGUCUUUCUCUUUCUCUGUCUCUACCUUAGUCUGCCUCUGUUAGCAUCUCUCUCUCUGUUUCUUUUCCUUCACUUUGAUUCUGUCUGUUUAAUUUGUCUCUCUUACCUUCUGUCUUUCUUUCUUUCUUUCUUUCUCUCUGUCCAUCUCUCUCUCUGUUUCUUUGUAUUUGUCUCUAUUUUAAUCAUCUCUGUCUCUGUCUCUCUGUCUCUCUCUCUCUCUGUCUUAGUCCUUCACUUUGAUUCUGUCUGUUUAAUUUGUCUCUCUUACCUUCUGUCUUUCUUUCUUUCUUUCUCUCUGUCGUUCUCUUUCUCUGUCUCUACCUUAUCUGCCUCUGUUAGCAUCUCUCUCUCUCUUUUCUUUGUAUUUGUCUCUAUUUUAAUCAUCUCUGUCUCUGUCUCUGUCUCUCUGUCUCUCUCUCUCUCUGUCUUAGUCCUUCACUUUGAUUCUGUCUGUUUAAUUUGUCUCUCUUACCUUCUGUCUUUCUUUCUUUCUUUCUUUCUCUCUGUCGUUCUCUUUCUCUGUCUCUACCUUAGUCUGCCUCUGUUAGCAUCUCUCUCUCUGUUUCUUUGUAUUUGUCUCUAUUUUAAUCAUCUCUGUCUCUGUCUCUGUCUCUGUCUCUCUCUCUCUCUCUCUGUCUUAGUCCUUCACUUUGAUUCUGUCUGUUUAAUUUGUCUCUCUUACCUUCUGUCUUUCUUUCUUUCUUUCUUUCUUUCUUUCUUUCUUUCUGUCUUUCUUUCUUUCUUUCUCUCUGUCGUUCUCUUUCUCUGUCUCUACCUUAGUCUGCCUCUGUUAGCAUCUCUCUCUCUGUUUCUUUGUAUUUGUCUCUAUUUUAAUCAUCUCUUCCUUCACUUUGAUUCUGUCUGUUUAAUUUGUCUCUCUUACCUUCUGUCUUUCUUUCUUUCUUUCUUUCUCUCUGUCUUUCUCUUUCUCUGUCUCUACCUUAGUCUGCCUCUGUUAGCAUCUCACUCUCUGUUUCUUUGUAUUUGUCUCUAUUUUAAUCAUCUCUGUCUCUGUCUCUGUCUCUCUCAUCUCACUCUCUGUUUCUUUGUAUUUGUCUCUAUUUUAAUCAUCUCUGUCUCUCUUUCUCUCUCUCUCUCUGUCUUAGUCCUUCACUUUGAUUCUGUCUGUUUAAUUUGUCUCUCUUACCUUCUGUCUUUCUUUCUUUCUUUCUUUCUCUCUGUCCAUCUCUCUCUCUGUUUCUUUGUAUUUGUCUCUAUUUUAAUCAUCUCUGUCUCUCUUUCUCUCUCUCUCUCUGUCUUAGUCCUUCACUUUGAUUCUGUCUGUUUAAUUUGUCUCUCUUACCUUCUGUCUUUCUUUCUUUCUUUCUUUCUUUCUUUCUUUCUGUCUUUCUUUCUUUCUUUCUUUCUCUCUCAUCUCACUCUCUGUUUCUUUGUAUUUGUCUCUAUUUUAAUCAUCUCUGUCUCUGUCUCUCUGUCUCUCUCUCUCUCUGUCUUAAUCCUUCACUUUGAUUCUGUCUGUUUAAUUUGUCUCUCUUACCUUCUGUCUUUCUUUCUUUCUUUCUUUCUUUCUUUCUUUCUUUCUUUCUUUCUCUCUGUCGUUCUCUUUCUCUGUCUCUACCUUAGUCUGCCUCUGUUAGCAUCUCACUCUCUGUUUCUUUGUAUUUGUCUCUAUUUUAGUAAUCUCUGUCUCUCUCUAUGUCUUAGUCUGUCUCCAAUUCUCUCCCAGUCUGUCUCUCUUUUCCUCUUUCUCUCUUUGAGAGAAUAUGUCCAUGUGCAUUCAAAUGCAAUGUGCUCAUCUGCACAUAUGCAUUAG